CAAUGGGGAGGCUCGGUGAGAGCGUUGGCCCAGAGAAAGCCAGAGCCGGUUUACAAGAAUCGCAGUGGCGAUCGGAGUCUUACUAAAGCGCAAUCAUGUCUAUUAUGUCCUAUAACGGAGGGGCCGUCAUGGCCAUGAAGGGAAAGAACUGUGUGGCCAUCGCCGCGGACAGGCGUUUCGGGAUCCAGGCCCAGAUGGUGACCACAGACUUCCAGAAGAUCUUUCCCAUGGGUGACAGGCUGUACAUAGGCUUGGCCGGGCUGGCCACCGACGUCCAGACAGUUGCUCAGCGCCUCAAGUUCCGGCUGAACCUGUAUGAGCUGAAGGAAGGUCGGCAGAUCAAGCCCUACACCCUCAUGAGCAUGGUGGCCAACCUCUUGUAUGAGAAACGGUUUGGUCCCUACUACACAGAGCCUGUCAUUGCCGGGUUGGACCCGAAGACCUUUAAGCCCUUCAUUUGCUCUCUAGACCUCAUUGGCUGCCCCAUGGUAACUGACGACUUUGUGGUCAGUGGUACCUGCUCCGAACAGAUGUAUGGGAUGUGCGAGUCUCUCUGGGAGCCCAACAUGGUGAGUUAGCACCCCCUGGCAGGG